AUGCGACCGGGGAACCUUGUACAUUCGCGUUCGAACGCCGCCAUUCUGGAGGGGCUCCUGCAGCAUGCGGAUGUCAAGCGAAUGGCUGCCUUCGGAUCUGCCCAAUUUUCACGGAGCGUCUUUGCAUGCACCACGUUCAAUUUUGGGCCUAGAACGUGCACCCUAGACCAUCGCGACUGCGGCAACCUGCCGUUUGGUUGGUGCGCUAUCUCCGCACUGGGUGAUUUCGACCCUCAACAGGGCGGUCACCUUGUAUUAUGGGACCUGAAGCUUGUCAUAGAGUUUCCGCCGGGCCUCCAGCCUUCAGCAGCGUAUUACUCAAGCCUGGACGCCAUUGAGCGGGAGGAGGUUAGUCAGCGUUCCGUUGCGCGGUGGAUGGAGGGUAUGGCACUUUUCUCAACACUCGACGAACUGCGGGUAGAGGGCGUGGGCAUGUAA